AUGAGCGGCGGCCGGGCCGGCCCCGGGGCCCGGCGCAGCGACUUCCUGCAGAAGACCGGCAGCAACUCCUUCACCGUCCACCCCCGGGGCCUGCACCGCGUCGUCGGCGCCCGCCCGCUCUCCAACGGGCUCGCGGGCUCCCCGCCGGGGCUGAGCGAGUGGAAGCCAAAGGUGGAGGCGGGGGAGCCCUCCCUCCACCCGCCCCCCAGUCCCGGGACCCCGAGUGCCACUCCAGCCGCGCCCCCUGCCUUCCCUGCGCCCAGCCCUGCCAGUGCCACUCCCAGCCAGCUCCAGAGGGUCUCCGCAGCCACCAGCGCCAACAACUCCUUCGAGAUAAGGCCGGCCCCCAAGCCAGACAUGGAGACCGUCCCCUCGGGGGAUCUCCAGGCUCAGACUCUGGCCAGCCUCCGGGUGAACUCCCGCAACUCCUUCGUGUUCAUCCCCAAGCGCAAGGCCUCCGGGGUCCCUCCUCUCGAGGGGAGGCAGUCUGCGGAGCUGCCAAAGGGAGAGGUGGGCUGGGCCUCCCAGAGCCAGGAGCUCAGAGCCCAGCUGGUGCCUGGAGCAGAUGGUGCGCCUGCCCUCGGGAGGAGCCCCUCCCGGGUCGAGGGGAAGUGGGCAGUUGAGGAGGGCAGCUGCCCCAGGCCAGCCACUGCUCUCAUCGACCGGGCCGUCAGGUGGCAGAGGCCGUCCUCGCCACCCCCAUGGCUGUCGGCCCCUGCCGAAGCUGAGCCUGCCGAGGGCUACGGGGUUCCUGGCUUGGCCAAGAAUGGCCAGGAGCAUGGAAGGCCAGAGCUGCCCGUGACCUUCAUUGAUGAGGUGGAUUCAGAGGAGGAGACCCCACAAGAAGCCAAACUGCCCUGCUCAGAGAUUGGUGCACCUCCCCGGUACCGCCUGCACCCUGCCAGGCCUGGACACACAUUAGAGCCCCAGCACCGCGGCAGCAACACCUUCACAGUGGUGCCCAAGAGGAAGCCAGGGACCCUGCAGGAGCAGCACCUAGGUCAGGCCGCCAACGGGGAACCUCAGCCACAGGAAGCCAAGGAAGAGGAGGACGGUAGCCUCUUGGGGCCACGCGCUGCCCCGGGGACCACCCCGAAAAAGCGCUACCCCACUGUGCAUGAGAUAGAGGUGAUCGGCGGCUACCUGGCCCUGCAGAAGUCCUGCCUCACCAAGGCUGGCUCCUCAAGAAAGAAGAUGAAGAUCUCCUUCAACGACAAGAGCCUGCAGACAACAUUUGAGUAUCCGUCCGAGAGCUCUCUGGUACAGCAGGAGCAGGAGGAAGAAGAGGAGGAGGAAGGAGAAGAGGAAGAGGCGGAGGAGGAGGAGCAGGAGGAGGAGGGGGAGGGGUCCAACUCAGAGAAGCCCUUUGCAGUCUUCCUGCCCCGGGCCACAUUCGUGAGCAGCGUGGGGCCUGAGAGCCCUCGGCUGCCAGACGGAAGUUCAGGCCUGUCCAGCUACACUCCAAAGCAUUCCAUGGCCUUCAGCAAGUGGCAGGAGCAGACACUGGAGCAGGCUCCCAGCAAAGCAGAGCCCCUGCCGAAGGAGGUCGUGCUCACACCCGCCAGUCAGAAUGACCUCUCAGACUUCCGGAGUGAGCCAGCCCUGUAUUUCUGACCCGCAGCACUGCCAGGACAGCCAAGACCUGAGCCUCAGGUGUGGGGGCCCUGGGAGCUCCCACCUUCAUCUGCAGCCCCUUCUGCCCUGCCUGGCUCUGCUCCACUAUACCCCACCCUCCCUUCUUUCCCGUGGCCUCAGCCAUGCUGGCCCUGGAAGCAUCCUAGGCUCCUCCUGCCAUUGGGGGCAGGUCUGUCUGAGUCACUCCCAGGCCUGGUUUGGGGACUCCGAGGAAGAGCAGAGGUGGGGAGCUGCCUGUGGAAAAGGGCCAAAGUCCUGUUGGAUGGUGGCCCAUUUGUGAACAGGUGGGGGCCUGAGCACAUUCUGCCCCUGGCUGUUGUCUGUCCUGCCCGCCAAUCCUGCUUCCCAGCCCCUGCUUGCUGUGCCUAGCGGCUGUUGGGCAUGUCUGGGGUGAAGGGCUGUCCGGGCUACCUGUUUUCUGCAGGACUCCAAACCCCCGCCCUCAGCCCGCAUUCCAAGGUAGAGCUCAGCCACCCCUUUGUGAUGAAUGGCCAGUCUUCUCUUGCCUCUGAUGAUGAACUCAAUAAACAGCACUGGACAAGGCC